GCGUGGGUGUCGUACUUGGGCGAGUGCCGCAUGUACACUGUUUAAGUGUGAGGAGAGUAACAUACGGAGGGAACAUUGGAGCACGGUUACCUGGGGAAUGUUGUGAGGAAUUGUCUGAAGCGUCAAUAGUGGGCGGUCGCCGGGUGGCAGCGGCCGAGCCGCGCCUGGCCGGCCCCAUCAGUCGGCGCGUGACGGCCGUGGAGUGUGUGGGCGCGAGGCGGGGCACCGGAGACGCGCCGGACCAUGCGGGGCGGCCGCGCUCCAGCCGAGAGCCUGCUGCUGCUGACGCUCAUCAGCGGAGGACUGGUCAGCUCUGCCGCAGCGGGCGACGGGCCGUGCAAUCUGGCGGACGAGUACCUGGACCCGGCCAACAACUACCAGUAUGUGUACAAUGGGACGGUGGAGUUGCUGCACUCGGUCGCUGGCCAUACCUCGGCGGCCGGCUUCUCUUUCACGUGCGUGGUCGUCAUCAACGGCGAGCAGCCCUGUUACCACUCGCUGCAGCUGUCUAUGUGCAGUCUGGAUGACCGGACGACACACGCCGACAAGGCGGCGCGCCAGCACAGCUUCAACCGGCUCCUGAAAAGAGGUCAUAUCCACUUCCGGCUGGCUGCCUCCGAGCUGGAGCAGGUGUACGUGGACCCGGAGGAGGCGGCCUUCAUCACCAAUGUGCGGCGCGGCUUCCUGCACGUGCUGCGCAUCAGCCGGCCACGGCUCGAGAGGCCGGGCAAGACGGUGGACGGCGACUGCGAGUGGACUGUUAGCCGCACUCCUUCCGGCCGCCAGCGGGUGGAGCGGUCCCGGGGCUGCGACCCGGCACAGAAUCAGCCCAGUGUGCUCUCACCCUUCUCACCGAUUUCCUCCCUGCGGCUGCUGGAGGACCAGCUGGCGGUGUCGUCGGCCUGCGAGUACGAGGCCGAUUGGGGCGAGCUGCGCGCCGCCGCCUGCCGCCAGACGUGGCAGCUGCACCCUCCCGGCCGAGCCGCCGCCGACCUCGUCCAGGUGGUGGUCACGCAGGAUCUGAGUCUGCUGUCGACGCGCGCCGCCGACCCACCGCUGGAGCGCAACACGCGGCAGGCGGGCGCCGCCUUCCAGCUGCAGGACUCGGCGCCGUUCGUCGACGUCGGGGACAACUCCGUGUUCGGUCGCCUUCGAGAUCUCAUAUCCUCCAGUGUUCCAUUGAUGACUCCGGAAACGCCGCAGAAGUUCACAAAUUUGCUACGUGCGCUCAGGCGGAAAUAUGAGAACCCCCUUCACAUGUCCGACAACUGCACAGAUUGUGCGACCUUCGGAAAGGAGGUGAUGGACUCGGCGGCGCGAACGGCCGUGCUGCAGUGCGGCUCGGCCGCCUGCCUGCGCGAGGUGGCCGCCAUGGUGCGCUCGGGCGAGCUGACGGGCGCUCGGCUCACGCCUCUCUACCUCACCUGGCACUGGACGACGAUCCGCGAUGUUGAGAGCGCGCACAGCAUGUACUCGCUGUGCGAGCUGGCGCCUACGCGCUGGUGUCUGCUGGGCCUGGCGGGCGCCCUGCGACGCAGCGCCGCCGCCGGGCCGCGGCUCACGGCCGUGGUUGACCGGUUGCGCCGCACCGCCGUCGACAUGAUCGGAUCGCGCUGCGAGGGCGGUGACGCCGCCGUGCUGAUGGCGCUCAAGACGCUGAGUAACCUGGGCGACCUGGCACUGGACGACUUCGCCACGCUGUCGGUGGUGCGGAGCUGUGCCUCGGAGCCCAGCCGGCCGGUGCUGGUGGCCAGCGAGGCGGUGCGCACGCUUGACAGGGCCCGGCUGCCGCCCAAGUUCGCCACCGUCCUCCAGGACCUGUACAAGGACGAGCGGCACGCGCUGGUCACGCGCCAGCUGGCCUACCUGGCCCUGCUGCGCCGCUUCCCGACGGAGCGUUGGUUUCGCAUGGCGCUGAGGUGGGCGACGGCCCACCCUUCCGACGCGCUCUCGACGUUCGUGAUGCGCCACUUCAAGCGCUUCCCGCGCACCGACCCGCGCCGCGCGCUGACUCGGCGCGUGGCGGCCGCGCUCUCCGUCGACCUGGAAGCCGUCACGGACGGCCUCUUCAACUCGCCGAGCGUGUCGACAGUGCGCGAGCUGCGUCUGGACCGCUGGCUGCAGAUGGCGCUGCCGUCGGUGCCGGCGCCCGAGGCCGGCGUGCAGCUGUGGCGGCUGCACGGUGCCUCGUUCCUGCCGCACCUGCUGCUGCUCAACACGACACUGCGGCUGGAGCCCAUCCGCAUCCUCGGACGCAAGCUUUUCCACUCAGAGACCAUCUUUAAAUUCCUGGAGGGACAGCACAGGAUCUCCAGCCGCCUCGGCCGGUCCUACCGCAACAUGUCGGAGGCGUUCAACGGCGACGCCCAGCUGUCAGCCAGUGUCGGCCUAAGCGUGGUAGUGGGUCUGGAGGUGGCUCUUCCGCCGUUCGCUCGCACCGGCCUCCAGCUCAACUCCACGGCGUACGCGCCGUUCAGUCUGAACGUGUCGUACGCUGUCAUGAACAGGACGGUGCGGCUGACGGCGCCAAAACCGGAUAGGAAGCGCACGCUGCUGCUGCUCAGCCACGGCGCGCAGCUGCGGCAGGGAGAGGCGCUGCGCCCGUCGCCGGCGGCCGACGCGCGCGCCGUCCACUGCCUGCCGCAGGCUGUGUACACGGGCCUGUCGGUGUGUCGUGAGCUGCGCACGGCCGGCCGGCUGGGCCUCACCGCCCCGGUCAUCUAUCACGUCACGGCCGAGAACACCGAGCAGCAGUGA